AUGUCAAAGAGACCCCCGAGCAUAUCCGAACGAGCCCUUUCCGACGCACUCGGCCCGAGUAUCGACAAAAAGAUCUCGGCACUCGGACACUCCGCGAGCACCGACUCUUCCAAGGUAAAGAUCUGGAAGGACCUCGGCCAGUACCUCGAGACUCUUCAGGGUGUGCCGAGCGAGUCCAACUCUGGUCCUGCCUUUGUGAAGAAUCCGCUGAGCUCGCCUGUUCCAUAUAGGAUUUGCAAUCAUUGUGACCGCCCCUUUCUCGAAACACAUAUGGCCGCCCAUAUUGAAUCUUGCAUGAGGUCGUCUUCAAAUUCUGCAAAUUCGGCUAAAUCCCGAGUCCCCAAAAAGCGGAGGCUCGAAGCUGAAUUUGAAGCCAAAGAAAACACACCUGUCCCACCUGAACAUCCACCUAAAGGCAAGAAAGCCAAGGCCGUCAAAGAAAAGAAGCGGAAGAAGGAGAAGACAAAGCCAUCCUCCAAGGAAAAAGGACCUGUUGAUGUGGAGAAACAGUGUGGUGUUGCCCUACCUAACAAUGGGUUCUGUGCACGUUCGCUAACGUGCAAGACACAUUCGAUGGGUGCCAAACGUGCUGUUCCAGGAAGGUCUGCUCCAUACGACCAGUUGUUGGCUGCGUAUCAGCGGAAAAACCAGGCCAAACUAGUCGCUGGCGCAGCCGCUGCUCAGGCUGCACAGGAGGACAUGCUCCACGCUUCCUCGAUCCCGCUGGACGACGACGAGGAAACCCAACAGGUAUUGGAGGGAGUCAUGAGAUCGUAUCCUCUGCCACUGGAACGCCGCACCAUUAUGCCUGUACGGAGUCGUUCACAGUUUCUGCGAAUGCGUGAGAUGUUUGCAGGAGCAAUUUUGCCGCGAAUUGCCGCGAACCCACUCGGUGGACUCAAUGGAAGAACUGCCGUGGUGGAUGUUGAUAAAGUGGACGACUAUUACUACUUAGUUCGGUCACCCCAGCGUGUACCACACCAGGGUGUUCCACGCCAGCAGGCUGGUCAGGGCCAACCACAACAGUCACAGCAACACCACUCUCCCCUGUCUGGCCAGGAUCUCGCUCAAGCCCGUGCUCAACAACAGGCCCAGGCUUUGAUGAGGGCUCGCGCCCAACAAGCGGGUCUUACUCCUCAAAUGCAGCAACGCGUGAUGAGCAAUCCACAGGUUGCUGCUCAACGUGCUGCCGGAAUUUACAAUACCCAAAACCGAUCCACACAGUUCCCUCAGAGAUAA